AUGCUCGACCUCCAAAACAAAGUCGUCCUGAUUACCGGCCUCGGCCAAACCAGCGACGAAGGCUGGGGCAUCGGCGCCGCCAUCGCGACGCUCUUCGCACGACAAGGCGCAAUCAUAUACGGCGGCAACCGGUCCCUGGCGUCGGCUACUCGAACCCAAGCUCGGAUCCAGAACGAAGGAGGGAUAUGCGACGUGCAAGAGACAGACGUGACGAGCGCCGCAUCGGUGCAGGGACUCGUGGACAGCUGCAUGGCGCGACACGGCCGCAUCGACAUCCUCGUCAACAACGUCGGGCGAUCCGAACCCGGCUGCCCGGCCACCAUGUCAGAAGAGACUUGGGAUUCACAGAUGGACAUCAACCUGAAAAGUGUCUACCUGACAUGCCAUGCCGUUCUGUCCAUCAUGGAGCGGCAAGAGACGGGCGGCGCCGUCGUGAACAUCGCCAGCAUUGCGGGUUUGCGAUACAUUGGAAAGCCUCAGGUGGCGUACUCGGCAACCAAGGCGGCCAUUAUGCAGUUCACCAAGGCGACUGCCGUGGUGUAUGCCGGGAAAGGAGUGCGGUUGAAUACGGUCGUGCCGGGGUUGAUUGCCACGCCGUAUACGAAGGCGCUUGCGACGAGGUACGCGCCGGGGGGAGACGAACAGGCGUACAUGGAGAUGCGAGAUGCGCAGGUGCCGACAGGACGCAUGGGCGAUGCUUGGGACGUGGCGCAUACGGCGUUGUUUCUGGCCGCGAAUGAAUCGCGAUACAUCACGGGGCAGGAGAUUGUGGUCGAUGGAGGCAUCACUUCUUCGACAGGGAGAGUUUGA